CUCUCCCUCUCUCUCUCUCCAUCUCUUUCUCCCUGUCUCCCUUUUCCUGUCCCUCUGCCUUCACAGCUGAAACCUACCUGAUAAUCUCUCUGCCUUUGAAUCUAGCAGCUCUGGAAUCAAAUGCAUUUUAUUGCUCUUAGAAGUGAAUACAGUUUGAUUACAACAAGCUGUGAGCUGCUUUGCUCUAUAAGGACCCAAAAGGAUCCAGACAUCAUUGCUUUUUAAUCUUCCUGAGGAGCUUUUGCAUUCUUGCCUGAAAUUUCUUGCCUGAAAUCUUGCCUCCUUGGUGAAAGGGAGUUUUCGGCUUGUUUUUCAUUGGAAUGUUGAAAACUUUUAUUGAUGCCUGAAAUGGAACCCAAUUUUUAAAUACAGGUUGAAUCAGAUCUAAAGGAAAGAUGCCUGACCAUUUUCCUCAGGACUGACCAAGGAAACAUCUAGAGAGAAACUUGGUAGGAGAGAUGACAUCUAUUUGCAUCAGCCAUGCUUUCUUUUGAGAAAAUCAUCAGAUUCACUGAGAAGGGAAAUUAAAUAUUGGUAAAGGACAAUGUCUCUCAGGAACUUAUUAACAAAUGACUCUAGCCUGUGGAAAGAAAAUCAUAAUUCUACGGAUCUCUCCAAUUUGCCAGGAACUCUGAAUACCUAUCUUUUUUGCUUGACAUGUUUAAUGACUCUUGCAGCUCUGACAGGCAGCAUUUUUUCACUAGUUUCCCUGCUGAAAAUGCAGAACAAAACUGUUGUGUCCAUGCUUGUGGCUUCCUGGUCUGUGGAUGAUCUCGUGAGCGUCUUGUCUGUGACUAUCUUCAUGUUUUUGCAGUGGCCCAAAGAGGUCCCUAGCUACUUCCAGUCUCUGUGCACUACCUCUGCCUUACUGUAUUUAUGCCAGGGCCUCUCGAGCAACUUGAAGGCGACUCUUCUAGUCUCCUAUAACUUUUACACGAUGCACAGGGCUGUGGGGCGUCAGGCAGCGUCCAAAAGCUCUGGCCAGGUGCUCGGAGCGGCGCUGACCGUGUGGGCAGCCAGCCUGGCGCUCUCGGCGCUCCCGCUGUGCGGCUGGGGCGCCUUUGUGCGCACUCCCUGGGGCUGUCUGGCCGACUGCUCCAGCUCCUACGUGCUGCUCCUCUUCGCCGUGUACGCUUCGGCCUUCGGACUUCUGGCUGGCCUCUCGGUCCCGCUCACUCAACAGUUGCUGUGUUCCGAGGAGCCGCGGAGACUCGCCGCCUACUACCAGAUUUCCCGCAGAGCCUCCACUCCCGGGACCCCCCCUACUGGAAGGCCAGCGCUGUCGCUGUCCCCAGAGGUUGCUGCAGGCCCUGCUCCACGCGGCGCUCAGGCGCGCUCCCCCAGCUCAGACUCUGGGUUUGGACCGGGGCCGCCGGCCGCCGCCGGGACCGGAGCCCGAAGGCGUGGAAACCCGGGGUCUCUCCAGGGCACCAGGAGCUUCACCAGGACCACGGCGCAGAAGCGCUUCGCUUUGAUCCUGGCGCUGACAAAAGUCAUUCUUUGGCUGCCCUUGAUGAUCCACAUGGUGGUCAAGCACGUGGCGGGGGUUCAGUGCCUGCCCUUCGAGACCCUAGGCUUUCUCCUAACCCUGCUGGCCACCACUGUGACCCCGGUGUUUGUCUUGUCCAAACGCUGGACCCACUUGCCCUGUGGCUGCAUCAUCAACUGCAGGCGGGACGCUUACCCAGUGGCAUCCGAUGGGAAAAAAACCAAUAGGAAAGGCUUUGAAUUCAAUCUAUCAUUCCAACAAAGUUAUGGAAUUUAUAAAAUAGCACACGAAGAUUACUAUGAUGAUGAUGAAAAUUCCAUAUCCUAUCACAACCUGAUGAAUUAUGAGUGUGAAAGUACAAAAGAUUCUCAGAAAGACAACUGUAAUAUCUUCAAUGCCAUAAAAGUAGAAAUCAGCACCACACCUACUCUGGACAGCUCCACGCUAAAAGGCAUUAACAAAUGCACGAAUACUGAUGUUACAGAAGCUAAAGAAAGUCCUGACAAAGAAAGGUAUGCAUUUUCAGACAAAAAAGGAAGUGGUAUUAACUAUGAAGAAACCACCUUUUAUGAAGGUCCAGAAAGAAGAUUAUCUCAUGAAGAGAAUCAGAAACCAGACCUUUCAGAUUGGGAAUGGUGUAGGAGUAAAUCAGAAAGAACCCCUCGUCAGCGUUCCAGUGGUGGGCUUGCCAUUCCCUUGUGUGCAUUCCAAGGGACUGUGUCUCUCCAUGCACCUACAGGAAAAACUCUCUCUCUUUCUACCUAUGAAGUAAGUGCAGAAGGUCAAAAAAUAACCCCAGCCUCUAAGAAAAUAGAAGUCUAUCGAUCUAAAAGUGUUGGCCAUGAACCGAACCCAGAGGAUUCUCCCUCAACAACUGCAGACACUAGUGUGAAAAUACACUUGGAGGUUCUCGAAAUUUGCGAUAAUGAAGAGGCUUUGGACACUGUGUCAAUUAUUAGCAACAUCAGCCAGUCUUCUACACAAGUCAGAUCUCCCUCACUACGCUACUCACGGAAAGAAAACAGAUUUGUUUCAUGUGAUUUAGGGGAAACAGCCUCAUAUUCUCUCUUUUUACCCACAAGUAAUCCUGACGGUGAUAUCAACAUCUCCAUUCCAGACACUGUUGAAGCACAUAGACAGAAUAGUAAGAGGCAACAUCAAGAGAAGGAUGGCUACCAGGAAGAAAUCCAGUUGUUAAAUAAAGCUUACAGGAAACAAGAGGAAGAAAGCAAGGGUAAUUAGUGAUCACGUGGUCUAUUAGAAGCAAAAAUGGCUCCGCAACUUCAAACUGCAAAAUAAACAACUUUCUUUCCAGACUGAUUUCCUGUUAUUUCUUAGUUUACACAAGCUUUACUAACUUACUAGUUAAUUAUUUUUAGUGUGAAGAGCUGGAACUACUGUAGACACUAAGUGCAUUUAUAUGUGCUGCCUAAAGAUCACACACUGUGGUAAUUAAAAUAUUUUAAGUCUUACUCGAUUUCUACAAAGGCUUUUCUAAAUCAUGUAUCUGCCUAGUUUAUAGUCUCUGCCCACGUUUGUCAAAUGAAUAUACUGUUUCCAUCAUGUUUCUACAUUUAAUGUUCGCUUUUACUGCAAGGGGAAAAAAGGAGAUAUUUUGAUAAUGGAAGAAAUAUAGCAAAACUCCCAAGUUAUAUUUGAAGAGGCUUGUGUAAAUGUUGCUAGCAAAAUAAGCUUAUUCCAGUUACUCCUUCAGCUUUACACUGGUGUCUAGAAAAUACUUUUAUGUAAAAUGGCAAAUUAGAUACUAACUUGGAAAUAUGCAUGCCCCUAACCUAUAAAUAGUUGUUUCCUUAAUUUCUGUAAAGUACAAAUAGUUUAACAGGUGGUUUGUUUGGUUUGUUGUUUUGUUUUUUUUUUUGCUUUCUCUAAAAUUUUCCUUUCAUCUUUUCAGUAUGUCAAGAUGCCCUUUAAAACAAAUAUGUUGUAUGUUACAAGUGAAAUUAGAGGUAGUCUUUGACUCAAACAUUAUUGGAAAAGUUUAUUAGCUUUCCCUCACUAUAACAAAUACCUGAGAUUACUAGCUUGUAGAGAGAAAAGGCUAAUUUAGCUCACAAUGUCAGUUUCCAAUCCAUGAUUGAUUGGCCCUACUGAUUUGGGGCCUCUGGCAAGGCAGCACAUUAUGAUGAGAGCUCACAGUGGAGUAAAACCAUUCAGCUCAUGGUGAUCUUGGUAGCAAAAAAAAUAGAAGGGACCAAAGUCCCACAAUCCUCAUUGAGGACAUGUGCCCAAAGACCUAAAAACCUCCCACAAAGCCCCACUUUCUAAAGGAUCCAUGUGACCCCCAACAGACCUUCCUGACCACAAAACCUCCACCAAUCAAGUCUUUAAGAUCCAGUCUACAGCAGUGUCUUAAUUUUACUUGCUCCUAGAAUUGUUAUGUUUAUUUGAAUGGAAACUGAGGGAAAAUAUUAUCAGAUUACAUCCUAAGAACUGGAUCCAGCUAUAGUAACAAGUUUCUGGAUAAAGCAGAAGAAAAUCCUCUAAUCUUAAAACAAAUGUGUCAGUUCUUAAAGCUGAAGAUUGGACAAAUUUUCUCAGUUCUUGAAGUGUACAAAAUUUUACUUCAAAUGUUAAGUUUAAGUGCUUGUUUCUUUCCCAAAAAUAUGUGUUAUCUCAAGUGAACAAUAUGUAUUUUGUUAAAUGAUUGGAAGGUAUGCAUUUCAAGAUUAGUUUUAAAAUAUGUUGUGUUGCAAAAAUAUAAGAAUU